CAAAGACUCGUGAGCUUCCUUAACUUACCGUCGCGACGCAACAUGUGUUGGUGCACUAAGCAUGGACUGGUUCGGAAGCAGAGCAGAGCAAUGUCCUGAGAAGAAGUGGCGUGAGAAAUGGCGAGCGACGUCAGAGAUGAGAAGUCAAACUCGUGGGCGUCCUGGACAUCGUGGGCCUGGACGCAGCUGAGUGAUGAAUCCUCUCCUUUAUCUUUUGUGCUGGGCAACAGCGUUGACAUGGCCGUGCAAUAUGGUUUGGAGACUAGCUUUGGUUUUAUUCAAACUGUGUGCGCAAUUAUCGGAGCUGUCAGCAUGACUGGUGCUGCCAAGAGGGCACUGUACCCUCACGCACGACCAGUAGAACCACUCUUCAAUCGCCUUCGCGCCGAAGGGGGUCCUCGCUUGUGGUCCCACCAGCGCGUGAGGUUUGCGGCUAAUCCAUACAAGUACCUCAAUCACAAUAAGAUCGUCAUUCUGCAAGGCGACACUCUAUCGGGGAAGACAAACUUAUUGCGUCAUGCGAUUCCUUGGUAUAGACGUUGGACCAUUUGGCCUUUGUCAAUUCUUUGUUGGCGCGGCAUUUACAUGAAUGGUGCUGAAUCGCAGAGGAUUGAUACCUUCCAACAGUGGGUAACCUUCCAGAUGUUUGGAACAAGUCACCGGGCUGGAUCAGAGAUCAAGCAGUGUGUUUGGGCAUAUCGAAAGCAGCAAUGGCUGUGGCUGGUGAUGGAGAAACUUAGGGUUCCAUUUCCUUUGCUAUUGCCAAAGCCUGUGUUCAUCAUCGUUGACCAAUACGAGGAACUUUUGAAGAAUCAUAGCGGCAGUCGAGAUUCUUUUUUCGGAGCGGUUCAGCUUUAUGAAUUACACACAAAUUAUAUAAGAGAAAUUAUGUAUACGUGUGCGUUGUACUGUAUUGCCACACCUCACAAAUUUGAAGCGGACCCACUGUUUUUAGAGAGAUGA